GCCGCUGUCUCCGCCUGUAGCUGGCUCCGCCGGCCGCCGGCUCCCAGACACCAGCGGAGGGCGGAGGGGAGGGGCAGGAGGCGCCCGGGAGGGAGGCACCGGGCCGCGGGCCAAGCCGACCGUGGGUCACAAUUUGGGUCUGCAGCAAAAAUGCUUUCAGAACAGACAGCAGCUCUGGGGACAGGAUGGGAAUCAAUGAAUGUACAGCUGGAUGGAACAGAACCCCAGGUGGAAAGGGGAAGUCAGGAAGAGGGACCAUGGAGAACAGCCCCAGGUCCUCUGGAGCACCUGUGCUGUGACCUUGAAGAGGAGCCACAGUCCCUUCAGGAGAAGGCUCAGUCUGCUCCCUGGGUUCCUGCAAUUCCCCAGGAAGGGAACACUGGAGACUGGGAGAUGGCAGCUGCACUUCUCGCAGCUGGAUCACAGGGCCUGGUAACCAUCAAGGAUGUGUCACUGUGCUUCUCUCAGGAGGAGUGGCGGAGCCUGGACCCCUCUCAGACAGACUUUUAUGGAGAAUAUGUCAUGCAGGAAAACUGUGGGAUAGUAGUCUCUCUGAGAUUUCCAAUUCCUAAACUGGACCUGCUUUCUCAACUAGAAGGAGGAGAAGAACAAUGGGUCCCUGACCCCCAGGACUUAGAGGAGAGGGACAUUCUGAGGGUCACAUAUACAGGAGAUGGAAGUGAACAUGAGGUGGAUACCCCUGAACUAGAAGCAGAACCUCCCAGAAUGUUAUCCAGCGUGUCUGAAGAUACCAUUCUCUGGAACCCGGAGCAUGAAGAGAACUGGGAUUCUAUGCCCAGGAGCUCCAGAGGAAUGCUCCUGGGGCCCCCUUUUCUUCAGGAAGAUAGCUUCUCAAACCUGCUGUGUAGCACAGAGAUGGAUUCCCUGUUAAGACCCCACACAUGCCCCCAGUGUGGGAAACAGUUUGUGUGGGGUUCCCACCUUGCUAGGCAUCAACAAACACACACUGGGGAGAGGCCCUACAGCUGCCUCAAGUGUGAAAAGAGCUUUGGGCGAAGACAUCACCUUAUCAGGCACCAGAAAACCCACUUACAUGACAAGCCCAGCAGGUGCUCUGAGUGUGGUAAGAAUUUCCGAUGCAACUCCCAUCUGGCCAGCCACCAGAGGGUGCAUGCAGAAGGCAAAUCCUGCAAGGGCCAAGAGGUUGGCGAGAGCCCUGGUACAAGGAAACGGCAGCGUGCCCCACCAGUGCCAAAGUGUCACGUGUGCACUGAAUGUGGGAAGAGCUUUGGCCGAAGGCACCACCUUGUGAGACACUGGCUGACCCACACUGGGGAGAAGCCCUUCCAGUGCCCUCGCUGUGAGAAGAGCUUUGGCCGAAAACAUCACCUGGACAGGCACCUGCUGACCCACCAGGGACAAAGUCCCCGGAACAGCUGGGACAGAGGAACAUCUGCCUUUUGAAAUCUGUUUCCACUAAAGCUGUGGUCAAAUCUAUCAGCCGGUGCUACUAGGAGUCACUGCCAGGGCUGCCAUUCUCCUGAACCCCAGUGGCCAGAAUCAUGAGCCCUGACCCCAUCCCUAGAAAGAUGAGGUUCCAGCAAUGGCCAGAGCAUUUCUCACCAGUUCUGUGAGAUGGCACAUAAAAAUAGAGUUCUUUGGGCAACACUUUUGGGAAGCAGUGCAUACUAUGUGGGCUGAUAUUCAGCCUGAGCCAUUCUCAACAGGAGCGUGGUACUAGCAGUUUAUGGCUGAAAUCCAUUCUGAUUGGUUGGAGUCUAUGCUAUACCAGUUGUUAAAUAUUUUGAGUAUCACUCUUGCAUACUGUUACUAUUGUAUUUUCUAUAUAUAUAGAGAGAAAGGCCAUUUUAGCAUAUUAAAGGCUCUGAAAAUUUCUGCAGUAGAGCAUACUGAAGUUUCUAUUAAUGCAGUGUUUCCUAAAUGCAUUCGACCUCAGUAUCUUUUCUAUUUACAUCCCACAGAACUGGUGACUCCAUGAAACACACUCUGGCGAACACUGGGUUAGAGAAUAAUGAGGAAACGACAUAGUGAUCAGGCAUCCAGAGCCCCCUUUUUGAUCCAUAUGAAAGCUGGGGGGGUCAGUCCUUGUUGCUGUGUGGGUCUGUCUUCCUUAUCCCAAGCAGCAGUAUAUACAUCUAUACCUCUCACCCUCAACCUGCUGAAAAACAUAAUAAUCUUUUUAGUCCUUAUUCCUACUUCCUUCAUCCUGCACAUACAUAUAUCCAGCUGAGAGUGAUGCUACAAGGCUAAGAGAUGACCCAAUACCCCCAAAUAAUCCAGGCCCACACAGAAAAAAAAACUAUCCCCUUGAACAGACCCCUCUCUCCUCUUAACUGUCUUUAUGUGUCUGUGUGUAUUUGUGUGCAGGGUCUUUGAAGAGAGCAUGCUAUGUGCAAACUGUACAAGCUAGGUUUUCCAGGGGUUAUGUUCUGGGGAUGAGGGUAGUGGGGAUUAUAUGGGGUUUUUUCUUCAUUUUGUUUCAAGACAAAAAGCAGUCUGCUUAAGGGAGCACUACUGGAAAGGGUUAAAUGACAGGUUAAGUUGUGGGAGUUGAGUACAAAGCUUUCCUGGUAUUGCUGAGAUCAAAGCAAUUGUGGAUGUGUAUGUCUAGGUCUGAAUCUCUGGGCUGCAGAUUGCUUUUACCUGGGCAGAGAAAGAAAAGUCUUUGGGGAGGUGACCUGUUUCUUGUUGAUUUCAAGCAAGAGGCACAUAGAAACUUCAUAUUGAGUGGGGAUUUUGUUUUAAGUGCUGGAAAAUUAGGGCAGGAAUUACUGUGUUUGCAAGUUGUUGCCAUCACUCUUGUUUGAGUUUGAUUGCUUCAUCGAGGGGGAAGAAUUAUUCUUGAGGAUCUCAUUCUCUCAGAAACAGAGCUUUAGGGGAAAUGGCUGUGGCUUAGCUUUUCAUCUGAUGCAGGGUAAUGAGCUUUCUGGUUGGUUUUCCUUCAAUUCUAGCAAGGUGUCUACACUAAGACCCUUAACUCUAGGGUUUGCAUAAGUAUUCUAGCAUCCAUUAUUUGAUGAGUUGGUCAUUGUUUCUCUUUAUCAAUGAUUGUGUUAAUACCAGUCUUAUAAUUAAAAAUUAUCUUGUAUGUAAGAGCAGUUUGGGGUUCGGGAGGAAGAGCAGCAAAGUGGGAUAUUUUCUCUAUAAUGCUUAGAUACUCUUUCUUCCCUAAGAUGUAUUUCUCAGCCACAAUUGGUAGAGUGAACCAGAGAGGCAAGAGGAAGUGAGCUGCAACAGUUUAGUGACUCUCCCUUUUGUGUAGGAAAAACUGGGUGAAUCACAGCUCCUCAGAGUCUUGGACUCAACUAGAAUUGAAAACAGACUUAUUUUGCUGACUGGGCUUCUUAGAGUGUAUGUGACUUGAGCAGCUUGGCCCCUACCUCCCUUCUGCUACUCAGAGCAGCCUGCCUUCUUCAUUCUUCCUGGAAUGCACUUCUCUUGCUUAUUUCCUGUGAAUAAAGCAAAAUGGCAGGCCUUUGUAUGGCUGGACUUGCCCUAGGUCCUCAGAAACAGGAGCAUUUUAGUAUCAGUAUUAGGAGAUGCCCCAGGGAGAAUCAGUUUAAUUGAUAAAUCUGGACUCUGCUGCUUAUUUUACUCUCCCUCUUUAAUACUAAAAGCUCUGUGUAAGCAUUGGUUCAGAACCUGUCUUGGGUACAGACUUGUUGAAUCUGGGAGGAAACAGAAGUGCACUUUUUUUGAAAAAUAGACAUCUGUAAUUCACUCAGUUUUCCAUACACAUUUAGCAGGUUCAGGGCCCAUCUGUGAAAUCCCUAAACUACCUUCAAAGAAAGGGAGUUCCACAGACAAAUGGUUAUUAUAUAUUUGUGUCAGAAUUAGAAGGCAAAGGUCACUAAAUGUUUUAAGGUCUAAGAUACCAGAGGCAUUAGCAUAUAAGGAUAGAGUAUUGCUUGCAUUCUGCUCUAUGGUUUUCAGAAAUAUGCAGACAAAUCAGGUCCUCAUAAAUCUUGUUUGAAGGACUUGUGGGAAAGUGAUAUCCCUUACUAUUAGAUCAUGCCUCUUAAGAACUACAUGUUAACAUCUGGCCUUUUAUCUGUUUUAGUAACUGUAGGGAUAGAAAGUGAAGCCCCCAGAGUUAGGUACAACUAUAGCACCCAGUUGAAAGGCACCAUGGGUCUAAGGGCCUUCUGCAGAAGGGGCAAUCCUUUGGUUUGUUUUUGGUGUACCACUGUCUUUUCUACCUCGGUCCAACACCACCUCCCUUGGACAAAAAAUAAAACAAGCAACAGCCAUCAGAUGAGUGAAUAAAUUUGACUGAUUUUUCCCAUAGGGAAUCAGCCUCAAACUUUCAUGUUCCACCCUGUCUUCUUUAAAUAAAAAGAGUCUCUAUGUU